GAUUUUGUAAAGAAAUUAUUAUUAAUAAUAAUAAUUGUUAUUAUUAUUUUUUUGUGUUUGUAACAAAUAUUUGUUUAUUAUAAAUAUUAUUUGAGUAAAGAAGUGCUCCGGACGAUCUGUGUAAAAAUGAAAUCGUUUUUAAUAUUGGCAGCAGUGGCAUGUUGCGCAUGCGCGCGUCCACAGUACAACCAGUACCCGAGACAAGGCUACCAACCGCAGCAGUAUCAGCAGCAGCAGAGGCAGCAGUAUCAGCAGCAACAGCAGUACCAACCUCAGAGACCUUUUGUGCCGAUAACUUCAUACUAUAACGAAAUCAACCCUGAUGGAUCUUAUCAAUACGGAUAUUCGACAGGUGAUGGACAGCAGGCACAAGAGCAAGGUUAUUUGAAAAACGCGGGUAAUCCAGAGGCGGAGGCUCAGGUGAUGCAGGGCUCCUACUCCUACACAGCCCCCGAUGGGACCCCCAUAGAGGUCAGAUACAUCGCCGACGAAAAUGGGUUCCGUGCAGAAGGUGCUCACUUACCAACUCCUCCACCAAUUCCUGAAGCGAUUCAGAAGUCUUUAGAUUACAUUGCAAGGACACAACAACAAAGUCAACAAUAUGGACAACAACAAUAUCAACAGAGAUAUUAAACAACAAUCUCCACAGAGAUAUUAAGAAACAUA